UUCCAGUCCGCCGAGUCUAUGAUUGGUAGUUAUCAGCCAGGAGUAAUAAAUACAGGUGAAUAAUUAUUAAUAGCAAUCUCUAAGACUUUAAAACCUGCCGAGGAAAGGUGUUAAGUGCAAUGAAUUAGGAAUGAUUGGUGUCCUAUUUACCAAAUGCACAUCAGACCAUUGCAAGCAUCUCCGCCCUCCCCAAGCUCUCCUGCGAACAGCGAUCGCCAUGGUUAAGUGCGCUCUGCAUAUCCUGGAUGCAGAACAGAUGUCACGUGAAGUCGGAAAGAGGCAGCCUAAAAGCUGGAAGGCAAAGGAGCUGCCAAGAGACGCAGCUUUAUUGGUGGAAGGGGGAAGCACCAGGGAAGAAAUGGCAGCUCCCUGGCCCUUGCCCGUCCGCUCAGCUCCUGCAACCUGCACACACUGCUUCUGGAAAGUGGGGUUUAUUUGAAAGGAUUUCAGCCCUGGGGAGAGGUGCCAGCUUGGACAGCUCUGGAACCUGAGUGUCUCUGGGUAUCAGGGCAAACCCUGCCCCUGUGCCAAUCUGGUGCAACUCCCUAUCCCGGGGAGAAGGGCGAGCUGUGUCACGGCCAAGUCUGUAUCCCCUCUGAGGAGCUUGCCAGCAAAGGAGCCAGUUAGUGCCCAUGGUUCUGAGGAGCAGAGAUGUGGCCCCUCUAGGAACUGAGAAGGGACCCACUGGCCAUCAACAGAUGGGAACAAGGAUCCAGCCAGAAGCUUGUUGUUCGCCCCUGGAGUCAGUAAGGCCCCUAGUUGUCUGCGAGGCUGAUGGAUUCUUGGCUUUACACGUUUAGGCACAAGGGCUGCUGCCAACCAUCCCACCUAGGGCAGAAAGAGGUUUCUGUCCCUGUGACCAGUCGCUGGCCCUCCGAGAUGUGGGGACCUUCCUCUCUCUGCAGUGGUGUGGAAAGAUAAGCACUGGUUAUUUUCCCAGCAGCUGUGUGUCUCCUACUGCAGCUGAUCAGGUGUUAAUCAGCCCAUCACUCCACCUCUCUGUGUUCAGGCCUUGGCCCUGCCCAGCAUACAGACUGGAAGGUCUUUGGGACAGAGACGUGGGCUUCAGAACUGUCUGCAAAGCCCCUGGCACACAGCUGGCAUUGGAUAAAUAAUAAUGUUUGCACCUCUUCGCAUCUGACAGCCCUGCAGGUCUCUGCUUCCAGGUGCAGGACGGCACUCUGGGGGUGACAUGCCGCACCCUGGGCAGAGACAUCAGACAGCACAGGGCCCAGCCCCCACUCACGUCCUCCAGACAGGAGCUGCGUGGUGCACAGCUCCCAUAAGCAGUCACGCCCGGAUUGUGCAGUUGUGGCCAGUCCCAUGAGCCCCCGACACAAAUGCUUCUUAAGCCCAGCGCAGCACUUGUCAAGCUAAAACUCACCUGCAGGGAACGCUCUGCCCCUGCCUGACUGUGCCUGGGGGCUGCACAGGGAGCUUGAGGAUGGAGCAGAUAAUACGUCCCCGGGCGAGCACAGCAUCGUCUCUUGCACGGCAGCGUAAUAAGGGGAGUAACCGAACAGGAUCCCAGCUAUUGUCUGGCCCCACGAGUCAGUGGGGUCCUUCCCGGUGCCACUCACCUGUUCCUUUGGCAUGACUGGCUGGGAGGGACGCCCUGUGGAUUUGGGCAGCGGUGGCUCAGCCGGCGCUGGGGCUGCCUUGUGAGGGCAGCCCUCUCCCCAACUCCUUCCCCUGCAAAUGUCCCCUCUAGGGCGACACGCUCAAUCAGAGCCGGUGCUAGGCAUAAGCAGAGUAAGCAAUUGCUUGGGGCUCCAGUGGCUCAAGGGGGGCCCCUAUUAAUUAUUAGUGUGUGUCGGGGGGGAGGGAAUAUUCCUGCUUAGGGCCCCAAUGGGCUAGCACCAGCUCUGCACUCAAGGUCCAGGGCACAGUGUGCCAGGGAUAAACGGGUGUGGGCGAGACCCUGGUGCCAGAGAAAUCAGUGGCCACAAUCCCAUUGCCGGCAGUGGGGCCAGGGGUUCACCCAGCCCGUGCAGGAGCAUAAAGUGUGCAAGGCGCAAACGCGGCGCAAGGAGCAAACGGGUGCAAGGCACAGAAGCGGCGCAAGGAGCAAACUCCUCCAAAGCAUAAACGCGUGCAAGGCACGCACGGGUGCAAGGCCCAGCCGCCAGCGGCCGGGGGGGGCAGCACUAAGACCCUGCGGAUCCGCCUGGCCCGGCCCCCUCCGCUCCCCGCCUUUCCCCAGACCAGAUGCCGGAUGGUCCCCCGGGCCGGGCAGCUCCUUCCCCUGCGUGUGCGGCGCGGCGCCGGGCGGCAUGGAGCGGGGAGGCCGGCGGCGGCUGCUGCUCUGGCUGCUGGCGGCGGCGGCGGCGCAGGGCCCCGCUCCGGCCGGCGCGCAGUACGAGGAAUACAGCUUCCGCGGCUUCCCGCCCUCCGAGCUCCUGCCGCUGCAGAGCGCCUACGCCGAGGCGCUGGAGCAGUACGAGGGGGAGCGCUGGGCGGAGAGCGCCCGCGCCCUGGAGGCCAGCCUGCGCCUGCACCGCCUGCUGCGCGACAGCGAGGCGCACUGCCACCGGGAGUGCGCGGGGGGCGCCGCGCCGCCCGCGGCCGCGCAGGAGGAGUGGGGCUGGGAGCUGGAGGUCUUCGGCCACGUCCUGCGGCGGGCCGCCUGCCUGCGGGGGUGCAAGCGCGGCCUGCCGGUCUUCCAGCUCCGCUACCCGCCGGCCGAGACGCUGCGCGACUUCCAGCGCCGCGCGCCCUAUCUCUACCUGCACUACGCGCUCUUCAAGGCCAAUAAGGUGGAGAAAGCCGUGUCUGCCGCUCACACCUUCCUGCAGAAGAAUCCCAAGCAUGAGAUGACGCUGAAGUAUAUGAACUAUUACAGAACCAUGCUGGACGUGGACGAGUACCUCGUGGACUUGGAGGCCCAGCCCUACGAAGCGGCGUUCGUGCGCUCGGUGAAGCUGUAUAACAGCGGGGAUUUCCGGAGCAGCAUUGCAGACAUGGAGCGCGCGCUGGGGGAGUAUUACAACGCCUACGAGAGCUGCCUGGCUGGCUGCGAGGGUGCCUACGAGCUGCGGGAGUUCAAGGACUUCUACCCGGCUAUUGCAGAUCACUUCGUGGACGUGCUGCAGUGCAAGGUGGAUUGCGAGGCCGACCUGACGCCCAACGUGGGCGGGUACUUCGUGGAGAAGUUCGUGGCCACCAUGUACCACUACCUGCAGUUCGCGUAUUACAAGCUGAACGAUGUGAAGAACGCGGUGCAGAGCGUCUCCAGCUACAUGCUCUUCGAUCCGGCGGACGAGGUGAUGCAGCAGAAUCUGGUCUAUUAUCGCUUCUACCGCGAGCGCUGGCACCUGGAGGAUGAAGACUUCAGUCCCCGCCCGGAGGCACUGCAGUAUCACAACCAGACGGCCGUGCAGAAGAAGUUACUGGACUUUGCCAAGCAAUAUCUGCAGGCUGACGAUGAGAUGGAGCUGGCUGCGGGCGUGGAGCCGGACGGGCAGGACCUGCCCUCGGACAGCGAGUUUGAAGGCCAAGGCGACUACGAGGAGGGAUUUUUCGCUGAGUGGUGGCAGGAGCCCAAGUCCAAAGGGGACAAAGCAGACCAAGAGAGGAUCCGAUGAGCAGCAUUCGUGGGGGCUGAGUGACAUCUUCAGCCGGGUCUCUGCCCCGACAGCCCUUCUGCCCCAUCAUCUCACCUGGGUCUAGGCCAAAGGGGCCAGGGGGCUGAUGGCCCCAAAUAACCUCUCCCUGUGGGAGCUGGGGGGCGAGGACUGCCCCGAGAGCAGGACUCAGGGCUCCCCCAGGCUCUGCCAUGUAUAAACACGGGCUCGCCCGGGGGUCCCGACGGGCCCGGACCUUCUGCCUUUGCCUUUUGUGCCUAAACCACCUUAAAUAAUCCAUGGACUCCUGGAUCCCAUUGGCCGAGCUCCGGCACCUCUGAACCAAUCCCAAGCCUCGCCUGCUCUUCCCAUGAGGCCUCACUUCACGGUACUUGAAUAACACCCCCUUGCCCCCCGCUAACACUUGAGAACCCCAGGGCCCGGCCCCCUGGCUGGAGAAUGAGGCUCCUUGGGGCAGGGUGGGGGUGGGUGGGAAACGGCCCCUCUGGGCCAGUCACAGGUGUGCUGGGGCUCCACAUCAGCUUCCAGCCAGUGGCGCUGGGGCUGCCUGGGGCGCUCAGCCGCUCUGCGUGCUUCGGGGUCUCCCGCGAGACCAGCCCUCGGUGAGGUUACUCUCCGUUAACUUAAUGGUUCCUGCUGGGACCGUUCCUUUUUAUAUUUGUGCUAAACUUUAAUAAAAUCCGGAUGGGUCCUUUCCCUGGGGCCCCCUGCA